UUGGCGUCGCUCGGGAGUGUUGCCCGGACUCUCACGCGCGGCGGAGGGCGGGUCGGGGCCGCGAGGAAGCAGGAACCUAGUGGCGUUUUGUGCUCGCGGGCGGCCUUCGAAAACCUAUGUGCGUGUGCUAGGGGCGGCGUCCACGGGCGUCUCGAGAAAAAAAAAAAGCCUCGCAAAAUGUUCGACGUCUUCGGCAAACUCGGGGCGCUGCUGAAGAUCGACCCCGUCAGCAUCGACAACAUCACCUUCCGCUUCCACUACAAGGUGACCAUGAUCAUCCUCGUCACCUUCAGCCUCCUGGUGACCUCCAGGCAGUACUUCGGCGACCCGAUCUCCUGCAUCGGCGACGAGUUCGAGACCGAAGCCAUCGACGUCUACUGCUGGAUCCAGUCGACGUUCACCAUCCCGGCGCUCACGGGGGCCAUCAUCGGCGUGGAGGUGGCCCAUCCCGGCGUGGCCAGCCUGGGCCAGGCCGAGGAGCAGUACGUCGUGAGGCACCACAAGUACUACCAGUGGGUCACCCUCUUCCUCUUCUUCCAGUUCCUGUGCGAGGUCAUGAACUUCGUGAACGUGGUCGGCCAGAUCUACUUCACGGAUCGAUUCCUCGACUACGGCUUCUCCACCUACGGCAGCCGCGUCCUGGAGUUCACCGAGCAGGACCUCGGGAGCCGCCACGACCCCAUGGACGAGAUCUUCCCGAAGGUGGCCAAGUGCACCUUCCACAGGUUCGGGCCCUCGGGCACCAUCAUGCGCCACGACGUCCUGUGCGUCCUGCCGCUGAACAUCCUCAACGAGAAGAUCUUCGUGUUUCUGUGGUUUUGGUUCAUCAUCGUCGCCGUCAUUUCCGGUUGUGGCCUCGUCUACCGCAUGGCCACCUUCUCCUCCAGCUUCCGGCACCUUCUGCUCCGCGGCCGCUCUCGCCUGGCACUCGCCGACCAGCUGGAGUCCAUCUCCAAGAAGUGCCAGAUCGGAGACUGGUUUCUGCUCUAUCUCUUGGCCAAAAACAUGGACCCUUAUAUCUACAAGGACUUCAUCCGGGACCUGGACUCCACACUGCCAGAAAAGGACCUCAAAGCUUGAAAAAAAAAUGGAUUUAUUUGAUCGUACGAAAAAAUAUGAAAAAGAAUGAAAAAAU